AUGUCCGCAUCGUCGAUCAAUCGUUCCUUAACGACCAUCAGAACGGAACUGGAAUUUCUCAAAGAGUCCAACGUGUUAAGCGAAGAAACGUAUCAAGAAAUCAUGGGAUCAUUACCGGAAAAGGCGGAUUCAAGCAGAUCUGGGGGCCAAAACAAUGCGCCAAAUGGUGCCGAGUUUGUCGAGGCGAUAUAUGCGUUUAGAGCGCAACAAGACGGGGAUUUGGAUCUGCAACCUGGAGACAAAGUACAAGUGUUGGAGAAACCGUCACGUGAAUGGUUCAAAGGUAGCUGUAAUGGACGGGUUGGUAUGUUCCCUUCGAAUUACGUGAAACCGGCGUUUUCCGGUGGUAGCGUUGUGGGGUCAGAUCGUAGUAAUUUGCCUCCUCCGCCUCAGUAUCAGGCACAGCCCAAUUUGCAACCUCAGCCAACGAAUAACAGUUACCAAUCGAACUCGUCGCAACAACCUUUCCCACCACCAUCUACCAACUACUACCAACAACCGCCUCAGCAGUACCAACAGUACCAGCAACCUCAGUUCCAGCAACAGCCUCAGUACUACCAACCACAGCCACAACAGCCACCCCAGGAGCCCGCUCAGCCUGCACCACAGGCGCAAAGUCAUCACGGUAGCGAUGCGUUCAAGAGAUUCGGUAGUAAGCUAGGAAACGCAGCAAUUUUCGGUGCAGGUGCCACAAUGGGUUCAGACCUCGUCAACAGUAUUUUCUGA